AUGGCGAGUAGCUGCUUUCCAGGCGUCCCGAGGCGUAUCACAUGCGUGAGGCCACAGUCGCAAUCGCCGCCGCUUCAUUCACAGAGGGAAACCAGUAAUACGGACAGCGUCCGAGCGCGUAGCUCAUCGAUACGCAUAUCUCAGGCUAGAGGGGAAGAGGUGGAGAAAGAACACGCGGGACCAUUCCGACUCAACAUGCUUGCAGGAAAAGGAUACUCGUGGAAGGCCGCUAAAGCACGGCUGCCACCAUCACGGCAGGUCAUACACACAGUGCGGAACCCAAGGUUUCUGGUGUCAGUCGGUCUGGUUGCCGCGAUUUUGCUGCUAUGGCGGUCAAUGGGGUCCGCAGCACAAGAGGUGCAGAGAUUCUACUGCUUCGGCCCCUCAAAACCUCCAAUGCACAUGACAGCGAACGAGAACGAAGACUGGCAUGCGCAUCUAAACACACCUGUGAUAUUCAACCACCACAAGCCAGUAGAGGUCAAUUCCACCGAUAUUGAGCAUGUAGACCUAAACAAGAUCACAUCGACCGUUGAUGCAGCGAAGAACAAGGAGCGCGUCCUGAUCCUUACUCCGCUUCGCGAUGCCUCAUACUACCUUGCGAAACACUUCGACCUCCUCACCUCGCUCACUUAUCCCCACGAGCUGAUCGAUUUGGCUUUUUUGGUCGGCGAUUCGACCGACGAUACUAUGGCUGCGUUGGCAAAGGAGCUGGAGAGAGUGCAAAACAACCCUGAAGUUGCUUUCAGGUCGACGAUGAUCAUUGAGAAGGACUUUGGUGUCACACUCUCGCAAAGUGUCGAGGACAGACAUAGCUUCGAAGCACAAGGCCCGCGGAGAAAGGCACUAGGUAAAGCCAGGAACUACCUGCUAUACACUGCGUUGAAACCAGAGCACAGCUGGGUUUACUGGAGGGAUGUGGACAUUGUCGAUAGUCCGUCCAAGAUCAUCGAGGACUUCGUGGCACAUGAUCGGGAUGUCCUUGUCCCUAAUAUCUGGUUCCACCGCUACAAGGAGGAGAACGGCAAGAUGGUCGAUAUCGAAGGGCGCUUCGAUUACAAUUCCUGGCAGGAAUCUCCCGAAGGUCUCAAACUCGCUUCCACCCUCAACAAAGAUGUAGUCCUUGCAGAAGGCUAUAAACAAUACCCCACGAACCGCAAGUACAUGGCCAAGAUGGGCGAUUGGCGCGCCGACAAGGAUGAAGAAAUACCCCUAGACGGCAUCGGUGGCGUUAACAUCAUUGUAAAAGCAGACGUGCACCGUUCUGGCAUAAACUUCCCAAGCUACGCAUUUGAAAACCAGGCCGAGACAGAAGGGUUUGCGAAGAUGGCUAAGAGAGCAGGCUAUGGCGUUUAUGGGUUACCGAAUUAUGUCGUAUGGCAUAUCGAUACCGAUGAAAAACCUGGCAAUGCUUAGUUGGGAGAGGAGAGUGAGGUAGGACAAGUGAAGGAGAGUAUAUACCUUGGAGUCGGGCGCACCUCGCAUUAGAAACAUGGUUUAGUUGCAGGCGAAUCUUGGAGUCUCUUUUAGAUGGGUGGAUAUGUAAUACUUUGUACGAGUAUGAGUAUAGAGACCGCGGCGCAGCUGCCCUUAGACGAUACGAUAACGAUCUCCUGUUUGCAACCAUAC